UCAGUUGCAAUCUGGGGUACAACCCAUUUUCCUCCCCACCACCCCCCCCUAGGACCAUCUCCAUCCUCCUCCCACCUUCUCCAGCUCUCCCUUCCCUCCCCAAACUAGCCGGCGCGGAGCUGAAGACCGAGGCUGGUGGAUUUAUCAACAUUUUACGCGUGUCCCCCCCACCUCCACCCCCUUUUCCAGAUGCACCUCCCCGCUCACCCUGACAGCUGCAAAAGAGAGCACAGGUUUCGUAGCGAGCACGGCAAGUUGGACUGACAUGCAGAGGAGAAGCCCCCGCACGGCGCCGGUGACUGCCCCCGGGAUGCAGUGAGCUCCGUUAGGAACCGGAAGGAUUUAGAGCCAGCUGGAGCCCCCCCACUCUCCAAACAGAAUAACAAUCAUAAAAAUAAAGUCAGGAAAGCAGCCAGAAGGGGUUCUCGGCCUUUUUGGAUCUACACAGUGGAAGUUGCAUCUUGUGUAUGGCGUGGUUAAGCUUGCAGCCUCUCACCUCAGCCUUCCUCCAUUUUGGGCUGGUUACUUUUGUGCUGUUUUUGCAUGGUUUGCAGGUGGAUGCUGGCCUGACGGGAGACUCAACCAGUUCAGUACAAAACAGCUCGUGUUCAGGAUCUUUUGACUGCAAGGAGGGUGUUAUCCUGCCAAUAUGGUACCCAGAAAACCCAUCCCUUGGGGACAAAAUUGCCCGCGUUAUUGUGUACUUUGUAGCACUGAUCUACAUGUUCCUUGGAGUCUCCAUCAUUGCAGAUCGUUUCAUGGCAUCUAUAGAGGUCAUUACAUCGCAAGAGAAAGAAAUCACAAUUAAGAAACCCAAUGGAGAGACCACAACGACCACCAUUCGGAUUUGGAAUGAAACUGUUUCCAACCUGACCCUCAUGGCUCUGGGCUCCUCUGCUCCUGAGAUCCUUCUAUCUCUGAUAGAAGUGUGCGGGCAUGGAUUCAUAGCUGGAGACCUGGGGCCAUCCACAAUUGUUGGCAGCGCUGCUUUCAAUAUGUUUAUCAUCAUUGCCAUCUGUGUCUACGUGAUCCCUGAUGGGGAAACCAGAAAGAUAAAACACCUGAGAGUUUUCUUUGUCACAGCUGCAUGGAGCAUUUUUGCUUACAUCUGGUUGUACAUGAUUCUCGCUGUCUUCUCUCCGGGUGUGGUUCAGGUCUGGGAAGGUCUGCUCACACUUUUCUUCUUUCCACUUUGUGUCCUUCUGGCUUGGAUAGCAGAUAGACGUCUGCUUUUCUAUAAGUACAUGCACAAAAAGUACCGUACUGACAAGCACAGGGGCAUUAUCAUAGAAUCAGAAGGCGAUCACCCUAAGGGAAUUGAGAUGGAUGGCAAGAUGAUGAACUCCCACUUUCUGGAUGGAAACUUAGUGACUGUGGAGGGGAAGGAGGUAGAUGAAUCUCGCAAAGAGAUGAUCCGAAUCCUUAAGGAUCUGAAGCAAAAACACCCAGAGAAGGACUUGGACCAGCUGGUAGAAAUGGCUAACUACUAUGCCUUGUCUCAUCAGCAAAAGAGCAGAGCCUUUUAUCGCAUUCAAGCUACCAGAAUGAUGACAGGAGCUGGCAAUAUUCUGAAGAAGCAUGCAGCUGAGCAAGCCAAGAAGAGCACCAGCUUGCACGAGGUGCGGCCAGAUGAACCUGAGGAAUUCAUCUCCAAAAUUUAUUUUGACCCGUGCUCCUACCAGUGUCUUGAGAACUGUGGUGCUGUUCUCCUGACAGUGGUGCGCAAAGGAGGGGACGUGUCCAAGACCAUCUACGUGGACUAUAAAACAGAGGAUGGCUCUGCCAAUGCUGGUGCUGACUAUGAGUUUACAGAGGGGACUGUUGUCUUGAAGUCAGGGGAGACCCAGAAGGAGUUCUCAGUGGGAAUUAUCGAUGAUGACAUCUUUGAGGAAGACGAGCAUUUCUUUGUUCGGCUUAGUAACCUCCGUGUGGUUGAGAGUGAGGAACCUCCAGAGCUUGGUAACUCCCCGUACCCAAAGGCCAUACUGGCUUCUCCUUGUGUGGCCACAGUGACUAUACUGGAUGAUGACCAUGCUGGCAUCUUCACGUUUGAGUGUGAUGUUAUACAUGUCAGUGAGAGCAUUGGUGUGAUGGAAGUCAAAGUCCUAAGGACAUCAGGUGCUCGGGGUACAGUCAUAGUGCCAUUUAGGACAGUAGAAGGGACAGCAAAAGGAGGUGGAGAAGACUUUGAAGACACUUAUGGGGAGUUGGAGUUCAAGAACGAUGAAACUGUGAAGACCGUAAGGGUUAAGAUAGUAGAUGAGGAGGAAUACGAAAGGCAGGAGAAUUUCUUCAUUGCCCUUGGUGAACCGAAAUGGAUGGAACGAGGAAUAUCAGCUCUGCUGCUCACCCAAGAGGUGGCUGAGAGGAAGCUGACGGUCGAAGAGGAGGAAGCCAAAAGGAUUGCGGAGAUGGGCAAACCAAUCCUUGGUGAACAUCCCAAACUAGAAGUCAUCAUUGAGGAGUCCUAUGAGUUCAAGAGCACCGUGGACAAGCUGAUUAAGAAGACAAACCUGGCUUUGGUUGUAGGGACACAUUCCUGGAGGGACCAGUUUAUGGAGGCCAUUACCGUCAGUGCAGCGGGUGAUGAAGAUGAGGAUGAGUCGGGCGAGGAGCGCCUGCCAUCCUGCUUCGACUACGUGAUGCACUUCCUGACCGUCUUCUGGAAGGUGCUGUUUGCCUGUGUGCCCCCCACUGAGUACUGCAACGGCUGGGCCUGCUUCGUCGUCUCCAUCCUCAUCAUCGGCAUGCUCACAGCCGUCAUUGGCGACCUCGCCUCCCACUUCGGCUGCACCAUCGGCCUGAAGGACUCGGUGACCGCCGUCGUGUUCGUAGCCUUCGGCACCUCUGUACCAGACACGUUCGCCAGCAAAGCCGCGGCCAUCCAGGACGUGUACGCCGACGCCUCCAUCAGCAACGUCACGGGCAGCAACGCCGUCAACGUCUUCCUGGGCAUCGGGCUGGCGUGGUCGGUGGCGGCCAUCUACUGGGCGUCGCAGGGGCAGGAGUUCCAGGUGUCGGCCGGCACCCUGGCCUUCUCCGUCACCCUCUUCACCAUCUUCGCCUUCAUCUGCAUCAGCGUCCUCCUCUACCGCCGGCGGCCCCACCUCGGGGGGGAGCUGGGCGGCCCCCGGGGCUGCAAACUGGCCACGACGUUGCUCUUCGUCAGCCUGUGGCUGCUGUACAUCCUCUUCGCCACCCUGGAGGCCUAUUGCUACAUCAAGGGGUUUUAGGCGGUGGGGGGACGGUGCCGCCGGGGGAGGGACCCCCUCCUCCGUUACCUCACGGGACACCGGCCCUCGAAGCACGGUUUCACCAGGAGGGACGGCUGUCAGUCCGCUGCCCGGACAGUCGGACAGCUGGGUGCCAGGAUGGGCAAAACCCUCACAGAACAAAAACAAAACAAAACAAAAAUCCACAAAAAAAAAAAAAAAACCACCCUGAAAAUGAUACAAAAGAAAAAAAAAAAAGCGACAAUGGCAAGUGUUUAAAUAAAAUAGAACAAAGUAAACCCAGCCACUGACCCCAGUCAAUGAGGUUAAGAAGUUUCAGCCAUCUCUAAGGGCCUCCUUUCCUGCAGGUUCUUGUUCCCGUUCUCCUGAGCACCCCUCCACCGUAAGGAGAUGCUUUCUUGUUUUUACUGUUUGGGAAUUGCAGAAGUCUGAUCAGGAAUUUGAUUUUUUUUUUCUUUUGCUUAUUGCUUUUUGGGUUGGGGGGGGCACAUAGCUUGGUACUUUUUUUUUUCUUUUUUUACUACUCAAACAGAAAAAAUGUUACAAGUUUAAGAUCUAAAGCUUCAAGCUGCCGUCAGUGCUGGAAUUGAACAUGUAUUUUUUGAAGCCACAAAAGACUGACACCGUCAAAGAACUUUUUCACUCUCACCCAUUUCCUCCCCCACCUCCUUCCAUUUAUUUCUUUUUUAAGAGCAUCACAAGACUGAUAUAUUUUUAAUACAAACACACACAUACACGUACACACACACACACACAAACAAGUUCCGUGAUGAAGGCUGGAGCAUGUAGCAUCUCAAUCACCUGCCUGGGCUAAGAAAAAAAAAAAAAAGGAGGAAAAACAAACAACCAAACAACCCAACCCUCUAAUAUAAUACGUAUCAUGUGUAUUUUGACUAUGGCAUUUCUCUUUGUACAAUUAACUUUGAGCUUGUUGUACUGCAGGGAGAGGAAAUUAUGUUCAUUUACAAAUGGUAAGGAAAUAAACAGCUGCACAGAACUAGCCUGCCGGGGGGCCGGGGAGCCAGGGAGCCGGGGAAGCUGGCACAGGCUCCCUGAUGAUGGUGCAGUGGUCCUCCUCCUGGAGAUGGGAGUGGGUCCCUGUGAUAACGUGCUGCUCUGGCCUACCUGAGUGAGCAGGAAGCCUCUGCAGUGUCCCCAGAGCUUUCCUUCUAGGCUGAGUUAAAUAUGCAGGUUUGCAAGGAGGAGCAGGGUCCCUGUCCCCACCCGUCACCCCAGCAGUGACCAUCCGGCUCCUGAGAAUGCCACACCAAAACUACAGGGAAAUAAAGGCAGGAGGACAACAGGGAAGCCCCAAAAGAGUGCUGGUAUUGUCCCACAUGGCCGGCCUGAGCUGUGUCACGGCUGCUGUUUCACUCGGCUGCCAUCCCGAUGCUCGCAGUGCCCGCGUCUCACGAGCAGCCGUCAGUCCGUGGAAAGGUACGGGCUUCAGACCUGCCGCCCGCCCCGGGAGUCCUGCGUCACCUCCAGCACAUCCUCGGAAAACCAGACAGGCAAAAGGGCACCCUUUUCAUUUGAAGUGCAUUUCUUUUUAAAGGAACACAAACAAACAAAAACAAACAAGAGUAUGUCAUGAAUUACAUCAAUGGCUGCAAAUUGAAAUGUUGGGUUGGUAAUAAAAUUAAAUAAAACCUAUACCUAUAUCUAUAUAAACAGUGCUAUCUAUAAAUAUAUUUCUUAACUGAGAGUCCUGGAAGGGGAUGUGAAAGCCUUGCUCUUUUUAAAGUGUUUCCAAGAGGAAGAUUUUUUUUUAUUAUUUUUUUUUUCCUACAAAGAAACAGGUGCUGUAAAGGGAAGCAUUUUCCUCAUAAAUUUCACUAGCACAAGCCAAACCCAGGCAGUCAGCACGUUAAAAGAGGAGCUGGCAAAGGGUCCAUCCCUACCUCCUGGGGGGCUUUCUGCUGCCCCAAGAAGAGGCAGGGAGAUGGUGUCUGUAGGUGAGGAACAACGCAAUGGGAACAGCAUUGUCAAGGACAAAGACAAGAUGUAACAUUAGCACAGGUGAAUAGAUGAGAGUGACAAUGGUCCUUAAAACACAGAUAAAAUAUUUAUUUUCAUACAAAAUGUUUAUCAAAUAUAUCUCUAUGUAAAUGUGUAUAAACCUAAGGCAGAGAAUAAGGAGGAUCCUGCUUACAGGGACAGCAGGAGCUUUGCUUGCAGAAGCUCUCAGUGGGUGAAAGCCCUGGGGUUUGAAGCUGACAAACACCCAGCCUUUCCACUCUCCCUUUGCCGUGGCUUUUAGGGAAGGGCAAAAAAAAAAAA